AUGGCUCCACCAAUAAGAGAUAAAAAGCAGAUGGAUGAAAAGGAAGGAAAACAGAAGAUUACCUCACCAAAAAGGUUAAGAGGCCCAACUUUAAAACCUGAAAUUGCUAAAAAGAGAAGUGAAGGACUGAAAAUUGACAUUCAAUAUAAUGAUGAUGGUGAGGGAGUGGGUGAGGGAUAUGUACAGCUUGUAUCAUACAUGGGUGUGUUAGCACGAACCAUGGUGCCAGUUUAUCAUACUGAAUGGAGAGUAGUGCCUGUGGAAUUGAAGGAGAAAUUAUGGGAUUGCGUUAAGGGUGCAUUCUUGGUUGAUGAGAAUAGCAAAAACAACGUCAUAUCAUCCAUUGGGACUAGCUUUAGGUCAUUCAGGCACAGAUUGACAAAAGAGUAUAUCCUACCUUAUAAGGAUAAGCCCGAGUAUCUUUUGCAGCCACCAACUGAAUAUAAUUACAUUCCAAUUGAAGACUGGAGAAAGUUAGUGGCUAAUAGGUUGUCAAAAGAGUUUCAAGUUAAAUCAAAAAAAGGAAAAGAAAGGAGGGCAAAAUACGUUUAUAUUCAUCGAGUGAGUAGGAAAGGAUAUGCAGGACUUCAAGAAGAAUUGAUGCAAAAGACAGGUUCGAGGAAACCUAUUGAUAGAUGGGUCUUGUGGAAGCUAGCAAGAUUCAAAAAAGUAUCUCAUAUUUUUUUGGAGGAUGAGUUGACAAAGGCUGUUGAGGAAGGGAAGAUCACAUGUGUUGGCCAAAAGGAUAUCCUCACUUUAGCAUUGGGUACAUUAGAGCAUCCUGGACGGGUUAGAGGAAAAGGUGGAAAAAAAAAACCCAAACAAUUCUUCAACACACCAAAACCCACAAAAACUCUUGAAGAGGAGGAAUGUCAAAGGAUGUUAAUGGAGAAAGUCAAGAGCUUGGAAGAGGAGAUCAUUGCUUUGAAAGCUGGAAAAAAAGAACCCCUCACACCCCGCUCUGAAGUGAGCAGCACAAACAUAAGGAAACAAUUGUUGCAACAUGAAGAAAUAGGAGGGAAGACUCAUGAUAGUGCUCAUGUGGAGAACCUAUCAGCACAAGGGACUCGAAAAGCUUCUCCACUAACUCAGGUUUAUAAAUGCAAAUUAGCUCUUGAAACUGAAGAUAACAUUGUUGCAUAUGGAACUUAUUUACGAGAUUCACAGAUUUCCAUUGAUGGUGCUGAUAUAUUAGUGGUCAUCCUUUACCCUCUUCAACCUAAUGCACUUCUUCCAUUCCCACUUUCUGAAAACAUUAGGACAAUAAGGGAGGGUGUUGGAUAUGAGGUUUUGUGGCCUAUUGCAUUUGUGAUAAAUGAUGAUGAUGAGGUGAAUAACGUUAUACCCAAACUUUCAAAGUUGAGUUAUAUUUUCCUACACUCUUGGUUUCUUUAUUUUUCAUUUUAA